CAAUUAUUUAACAACCAAUUCCAAGUUUAACUUGGAGUAGGCUCGUCGUUUUAUUUCUAUUUGCAAACAUAAAAACUAAAAACUAUGUCCAAUAGUCAUUUAUUUAUGAAAUCUGGCUUCCCAAGAGCACCUUUACAAAACGGUGUUGGACGCUAUGUAUGCCAGUUACAAAGAAUAACAUUAAAGUUCUGUAAAAAUAAUGGUUCAAGUAAAGGCAUGAGGGAAUUUCUGGAAGAAGAUUUGAUUGAUUUUGCAAAGGAAAACCCCGGAAUUGUAGUUUACGUUAAACCAAGACGUCAUCGAACACCAGUUAUCGUUGGGGAAUAUUUAAAUGGGGACCGUGAGUGGCUUAAUUGCAGGAAUUCAACCAAGGACGAUGUAUCCAAAUGGAUUCAAAUGCUAAAAUUACAAAACGGAUCCUCCAGUUCAUUGCGCCUUAGAAAGAUGUGGCACACAGAUGUACCGUCAAUUCAAGGCCCAUGGUCUCCGUUCUUGCUUAAAACUCCAGACUCCAAUUUGCUCAAGUAUCCAAAUGCUGAAGCCUCGCAACCCCUUGAUAUCGAACAAUCCGCAAGUGAAAAAUUAUUAGAAAUAUUUAGAAAAGAACGCGAUUCAUUAAAAGACAAUCGCGCAGAAUAAAGUUACCAAAAAUAUAAAUAAAUUAAAACAAUUUUAAUUAUA